ACGUGGAGAGGGCUGUGCUGUCGCGCUUGCGCUUUGCAGUUGUGGGAGGGGAAUUUUGUGGGCGCAUGCACCCUGCCUGCUGGAGAGUCUCCUUGUCGGUCGAGUGAGGGAGGUGAGAGAGCGACCCGGCGUCUGCAUCUGCAUCCUACUUGAUUCGAUCUGUUUUCGGAAUGGCGGCUGCAUAUAGGCUGGUUCUGGUUCGGCACGGAGAGAGCGCGUGGAACCUGGAGAACCGUUUCAGCGGCUGGUAUGAUGCAGACCUGAGCCCGGCAGGGCAGGAAGAAGCGCAGCGCGGAGGAGAAGCGCUAAGAGAUGCUCGCUAUGAAUUUGACAUCUGCUUCACAUCUGUGCAGAAGAGGGCAAUUCGCACCCUCUGGACUGUGCUGGAUGUCCUUGAUCAAAUGUGGGUGCCUGUGGUGAGGACCUGGCGUCUCAAUGAGAGGCACUAUGGUGGCCUCACAGGCCUUAACAAGGCUGAGACAGCUGCUAAACAUGGCGAAGCGCAGGUGAAGAUCUGGAGGCGUUCCUAUGACAUUCCACCACCUCCAAUGGAGCCUGACCACCCCUUCUACAGUACCAUCAGCAAGGAUCGCCGCUAUGCUGACCUUACUGAAGAUCAGCUGCCCUCGUGUGAGAGUCUGAAAGACACCAUUGCUCGGGCCCUGCCCUUCUGGAAUGAGGAAAUUGUUCCACAGAUCAAGGAAGGCAAGAGAGUGCUCAUUGCUGCCCAUGGCAACAGUCUCCGUGGCAUCGUUAAGCAUCUAGAAGGAAUGUCUGAGGCAGCAAUCAUGGAGCUCAAUCUCCCCACUGGAAUCCCCAUAGUCUACGAACUGGACAAAAACCUGAAGCCUAUCAAGCCCAUGCAGUUCCUGGGAGACGAGGAGACUGUCCGCAAGGCCAUGGAAGCUGUGGCAGCCCAGGGCAAGGUCAAGAAGUGAAAGCAGGAGCAAGUAAUACGUAGAAGUUUCCCUCCCUUCUCCCUUUCCUUCCCAACACACACCUGCCACAGCCUGAGGGCUGACUAGCCAAAGGUGGUGAAACAUCCUAGGGGCCAUGCCCUUUCCUUCAAGACCAGUUUAUUUCCACAUUCACUGUUUCCUAGCAGGAUCUGUCUAGAUACCACAGGGAUGGGGACCACAGUCCAGCAGGGGCUCUGAAAGAGAGUCUAGCAAACCCCAGCACAAUGGAACCUGCUGCUGCUAAGGUAAAGAGGGAUCCCCAAGCAUUCCCAAAAGAGUGCCCCUCUUGCCUCCAUUCCGUUCAUGUGGCAGCUGCUGUAGUUGUAGUCAGUUAGAAUGUUGCUUGAUUUGGUUUGGCCAUUCAAGACGGAUGUAAAGACUAGGCAGGGGUGCUUGGGACAGCACAGCAGGGAUGCAAGGAUCAGCUGUUUUUAUGGGGUCUUUUAAAAGAAAGCAUGUCACUUUGCUAAAGGUCCGUAUUCUUCGUUAUCCCUGCAGUGCUAUCUGAUUCUGUGUUAGGUAACAGACAACUCUUGUUUCAUUGCCUUCAAAACGUUAGUGGGGAAGGAAUGAGACUAGGGAAGAGAGAGCAAUGGAAGGAACCACCCUGUGAUCUCCAGCUGUAAUCCCAUAACCUUGCUGUGUAGUGCCAGUAAGCCCAGAUACUGUGUAUCAUUAUGUGUUGCUUCUCUGCCCCACAGUCUGUGCGUUAUCCCUGCCUGACAUCAGAUGGGUUUACACUGGAGCUCACUUCACUGUACAAUGGCUGCAUUUGCCCUAGUCUCAAAAUAAAGGAAUUAUGUGCAAUA